CAGGGAUCCUGGCCCGGCCCUGAGCCCUGGGACCUCCAGCCCCCUCCUCCCCUCCCCUGGGCCAUGGCCAACUCAAGCCUCCAGCUCCUGGGCUACUUCCUGGCCCUGGGUGGCUGGGUGGGCAUCAUCGCCAGCACAGCCCUCCCGCAGUGGAAGCAGUCCUCGUAUGCGGGCGACGCCAUCAUCACGGCCGUGGGCCUCUACGAAGGGCUCUGGAUGUCCUGUGCCUCCCAGAGUACGGGGCAGGUGCAGUGCAAACUCUACGACUCCCUGCUCGCCCUGGAAGGUCACAUCCAGUCAGCCCGAGCCCUGAUGGUGGUGGCCGUGCUCCUGGGCUUUGUGGCCAUGGUCCUCAGUGUGGUUGGCAUGAAGUGCACCCGGGUUGGAGACAGCAACCCCAUUGCCAAGAGCCGCAUCGCCAUCUCUGGGGGUGCCCUUUUCCUCCUGGCAGGCCUCUGCACUUUGACAGCCGUCUCGUGGUAUGCCACCCUGGUGACCCAGGAGUUCUUCAACCCCAGCACACCAAUCAAUGCCAGGUACGAGUUCGGCUCGGCCCUGUUCGUGGGCUGGGCCUCCGCCGGCCUGGCCAUGCUGGGGGGCUCCUUCCUCUGCUGCACAUGCCCGGAGCCCGAGAGAACCAACAGCAGCCCGCAGCCCUACCGGCCGGGCCCCUCGGCUGCUGCGCGAGAACCAGUUGUUAAAUUGUCCGCCUCUGCCAAGGGCCCCCUGGGUGUGUAAUGUCCAGGUCCCCAGCCCGACUGUCCCCCUGCCACACCUAGACUGUGUGUUUGGUAUUUUUUGGAAAGAGAAGUGAACAUCCAGUCUUGAGUGUGGUGUCCUUCGAUCUGUCCCUGGCAUGGCUACGAUGGGUCCCUGGGUCC